AUGGCCCCCGCGAGAAAAAUAAAGUAUUUUGGAGAAAUCAAAGUUUCUUUUUCUGUAAAAGACCAACAUCCAACGACAAAUGAUUCACCUUUAAUAACAGGGGCAUCUUCUAUAGUAGUAUUGUUACCUAUUGUAACUGCUACUCCUAAAUGGAAUACAGUCAACGGAAAUCAAGUGAACGGAUCGGCAUGUCCUCUUCCAACAUAUAACUCUUAUCCAUGCCCUAAACUUUGUGUAUCCAAUAUCAAUCAAUGUCCUCCUUCCGUCCGUCCAUCUUGUCCUGCUGGUCAAACUUUUUGUAUUGAUGGAAAUUGUCGUGACAGCUGUCCUACUAACCUUGUAUCUGAAUGUGCAUGUCCUGGUCGACCUGAUCUUAGUGGACCUACUUAUAGCUGUUCUCAACAAUAUGUAGAUAUUCCAAACUUUGUCGCAACCAACAAAUCUGAACAAUCCUAUGAAUCUUGUGGACAAGCAUUAAAUAUUCAAUCUUUACCAAGUUGGAAUAGUGCAAAUCCUACUGGGAUGAUGUGGGGUGAAUGUCCUACUCCUGAUUAUGGUCCAUUAAACUUCCAUGAACCUGUCUUUUUGGCUUAUUGGGUUUUCUAUGGUUCUUUGGUUGGGUUUUUGAUCAUUUGGACUUUAUACAAGACAACUCGAGAAAAGGUCAUCAAAGCUCAGUACAACAAAGCUUACGAAAAAAGAAUGGAACAAUAUCAAGCUGAUGAAAAGUCUCAAGAAAAGGGUGACAAAAAAACUAACAAUGCUAAUACUGACGACGGUGAAGAAAUGGCAUCUAUUGAACCUGAAGAAGAAAUGAUUAUCAAGGCUUACAAACGUGAUUAUUUGGGUACUUUUUUCUUUGGAUGUUAUAUCUUACAAACCCUUGGAAUGAUUGCUUAUAUGAUUGUAAUUGUCUAUGACUAUUAUCAAAAUUAUCUUUGGUUCAAGGGUGUGGCUGUGGUUCAAUCAUCUACUUUUAUUGGCCAAUGGUACGUGUUUUUCAUCUGGUUCGCCUGUCUUACUAUCUUUAAGAGUCGUCUUAUGAACUUUUAUCGUAUCCAGUGUACUUAUGCUGAAGGCCAAUAUGUUCAAGUUGAAAAAGCUGAACCUGCCAUUAUUCUUUUAGAAGAUGAAGACAAACUUACUGAUACUGUACGAUGGUUAGAAGCAAAAGGCAAAAAGUUAUUUGGUUUGGAUGUUGUAGUCACUACCGCUCCUUUGGAAAAGACUCGUUCUGGAACAAAAUACUUCAAUUAUCAAUGUACUCGAUUCGUUUAUCACCCUGAAUCUCAACUCUUCACUCCUCAUGACUUCCAUUUGGGUGAAACCAAUGGUGAACUUGCUCGUUUAUCUCAAGGUUUAUCUGCUGAUGAAGCUGCCAAACGUGAAGAAUUGGUUGGUCCUAAUUUUAUUGAAGUCUAUGUACCAAAUGUUCCUAUGGCCAUCCUUCGUGAAUUCGCUUCUUUCUUUUAUAUUUAUCAAUUUACUGCUUUAUGGCUCUUUUACUACUUCGCUUAUUGGCAAGUGGGUGUAGCUGAUACUGCUGUCAUUUUAUUAUCUGCUAUGGUCAAGGUUACUGUUCGUCUCAAGUCUGAACGUCGUAUUAAACAAAUGGCUGAAUUCACUGACUCUUGUAAAAUUCUUCGUGAUGGUUCAUGGCAAGAUAUGUCGACUUUUGACUUAGUACCUGGUGAUGUCUUUCAAGUUGAUGAAGGCAAAACUACUCCUUGUGAUGCUGUCGUACUCUCUGGAAACAUUGUUGCUGAUGAAAGUUCUUUGACUGGUGAACCUUUACCUAUUCGAAAAUUCCCUCUACGAUCUGAAGAUCAAACUCCUUAUGAACGUAUGGGUGCUAGUAAGAUUUCUACCAUCUUCUCUGGUACCACCAUUUCUCAAGCUGAACCCUCGGAAAAGGAUAAACCUGUUUGCGCUUUGGUCACACAUACUGGUACUAGCACUGAUAAAGGUGAAUUGGUCAAGAAAAUUCUCUUCCCUACUCGUGUCUCUUUUGUUUUUGAUGAACAAAUCAAGAUCGUCAUUUUGAUUCUAUUAUGUUGUGGUCUUAUCAUGCUUGGUCUUGCUAUCUGGCUUUAUACCAGUGGUACAAGUGCUUGGUUCUAUGCAAUGUUUGCUAUCUGUCAAUUGGUUUCCCCUCUACUUCCUGCCGCUUUGGUCGUAGGUCAAUCAGUUGCUGCCGGUAGACUUCGUGAUAAGAAUAUCUUUUGUGUUGAUCUUCCUCGUAUUUUGAUGGCUGGCAAGGUUCAAUUAUUCUGUUUCGAUAAAACAGGUACUUUGACAAAGGAAGGUUUAGAAUUCUAUGGUGCACAACCUGUCGAAAAUGUUAAUGAUAUUGUAUACCAUCGUGCGAAUAAUGCUAUCCCUAAAUUUGAUCAACACAUUGAAAAGGUGGAAGACAUUCCAAGAUUGAAACAAAUUGCUCUCGCUACUUGUCAUGCUGUUACUACUCUCAAUGGUCAAUUUAUCGGAAAUCCUGUGGAUAUUGAAAUGUUCCGUUCAUCAAAAUGGGAACUUCAAAAUGAAAAGGAAAAUGAUGACUAUGUUGAUACUCUUUUACCUCCUGCAAACACUCCUGGUGGUCAACGUUCUCCUGUCCAUGUAUUGAAGCGCUUCGAAUUUGUCCAUGCUCGUAUGUCCAUGUCUGUCGCAGUACUCGAUAGUGCCACCAACAAAGUCCAUAUUUUUGUCAAAGGUGCUUACGAAAAAAUCAAGGAUUUGUCUCUCCCUGAUUCCAUCCCUCAUGAUUACGAUGUUAUCACCAACGAUCAUGCCCGUCAUGGUUGCUAUGUUUUAGCUCUCGCUCAUCGUGAAAUCGAUUUGGAUAAAAUAGGUGGUUUACAAGGUUUCCGUCAAUGGACUCGUGAUCAAAUGGAAGAAGAAAUCAACUUUAUUGGCCUCAUCAUCUUCAAAAAUCAACUCAAACCUGAUACUACCGAAAAUAUUGCUGAACUUAAACGUGGUGCCACUCGUACUAUCAUGAUUACUGGUGAUACUGCCUUGACUGGUGUUUAUAUUGCUCGUCAAUGUGGAAUGGCUCAAUCAAAUUCAAAAGUACUCUUAGGUGAUUAUGACAAACUAGGUGACCGUGUGAUCUGGACUGAUGUGGAUGAACCUGAAAAAUUUGCUGAUGUUGAUGUUGAUCAAUACUUACUCAAUAAAGGUCAUACUCCUGUGGAAUUAGCGGUUACCGGAAAGGCUUUCCAUUGGUUGGUGGAUCAUGAUCUUAUUCGCAAGUAUCUUUUGGAUAUUCGUGUCUUUGCUCGUAUGACUCCUUCUGGAAAGGUCCAAUGUGUUCAACUUCAUAUGGAACGUGGCAUUACUGCUAUGACUGGUGAUGGUGGAAAUGAUUGUGGUGCUCUUCGUGCUGCUCAUGUUGGUAUCGCUAUGUCUGAUGCAGAAGCUUCCAUUGUGUCUCCUUUCAGUACAAGUGUUCGUAGUGUCAAAUCUUGUGUGGAACUCAUUCGUCAAGGCCGCGCCGCUCUCGCUACCUCUAUCACUGGUUAUCGCUAUCUCGUACUUUAUGGACAAGUGAUGAUGAUGCUUAAAGUCUUUACGUUUUAUUUCUCUGUAACUAUGGGACAAAAUGUUUGGAUUGCUAUUGAUGUAUUCAUCACCGUGUUCAUGACUAUUGCUUUAUCAAGAUCAAAGGCUGCUGAUCGUUUGGAAGGUAUUCGUCCUACUGCUCGUCUUUUAGGUCCUCAAACGUUAGCAUCUUGUCUUGGACUUGUUGGUAUCAACUGGAUUUAUUUGACUACUGCUUUCUAUAUGCUUUAUCAACAAAGCUUUUUCCGAUGCAAUGAAUUUGAUUCGAAUGCUGUGGAUAUCUCCAAAUGGUGGCUCCUUGCUGACAACUAUGAAGCUGAAGUACUUGCUCUUGUCUGUCUCUUCCAGUUCAUUAAUAAUGCAGCAGUUUUCAACUUUGGUUACAAAUUCCGUCAAGCAUUCUAUCGUAACUAUAUGCUCGUGUUCUUCUGGCUUUUAUACAUUGCAAUCGUAUCAUAUUGGACUUUGGCACCUCCCAAUAGAUUUGGCUGUCUCUUCCGUUUCAAUUGUGGAACAAAAUCAGUUUUGGAGAAAUAUGGAUACCCUAUACCACCUACCCAUGUAGAAAACUACAAUACUCCUCUUGGUAUGAAUGUAAUGCCCACCUAUUUCCGAUGGCGUCUGUGGGGUCUUUGUGUUGGCAACAUGGCUACUGCUUUAGCUUGGGAAAGGUUGGUGAUCUUAGGACCUGUCCAUGACUGGUUGGCCAAGAAAUUCCCUGUGGAUCGUCUCAAGGUUGAUGUCUAGUCUAGAUUAUUUUUACCCAUCUCCAUUUAUUUAUUAUAGAAAUUUUGUCUUAUUAUUCUAUUUAAUUUUCGAUAAUAAUAAUAAUAAAAAAAAAGGUGUAUAUUGUCCUCUGGAGAGACAAUACUGUA